CAGGAACCGUAUGUCCCUCAUCUCCUUUGAUACCGUUGGACAGGCUUCUGAUGAGCUUGUUUAUUCAUUAUCUUCUGUUUCCUGUUGCAUCACUCUCUCCAUUCUGCCGUCUGAGUUAUCUUUGCUGCCAAAGGUUGUUUGCAUCAGCGGCGGUCUGUGACAGCGGGUCACCACAUUUUACGUUUCCCCCACUUGGCGACAGUUAAAGGUUGCAGAUCCCUGGGCUGGAGUGUUCUGUUCCUUCAGGCUGCAGGAUGUCCAAAAAGCUGCUGGUGGACGUGGACUGUGGUGUGGACGAUGCUCAAGCCAUCAUGCUGGCACUUGCCGCCCCAAACGUGCAGCUCCUGGGCAUCACUUGCGUUCAUGGAAACACAUCAGUGGAGAAUGUGUGUAAAAACUCUCUGCGUGUUCUGCAGGCCUGCAACAAACUGGAGAUCCCAGUGUUUAAAGGUGCGGACAGACCGCUCCUGGGGGACAGCAUUGAUGCUGGACACUUCCAUGGAGAGGACGGUUUUGGAGACGCUCCGGACUCCAACGCUCCCACUCUGGAUCUGCUUCAGGAACAAGAAGCUGUGUCCGCCAUGAUCAGGAUAGUGAAUGAAAACGCAGGAGAGGUGUCUCUGGUUGCCACGGGGCCUCUGACUAACUUGGCUCUGGCUGUGAGGUUGGACCCGUCUCUGCCGAGCAAACUCCGAGGGCUCUACAUCAUGGGGGGCAACACUGAGUCUCGAGGAAACACCAGAGUAUGUGGCGAGUUUAACUUCAUUGCCGAUCCUGAAGCUGCGUACAUCGUCCUAAAAGAUUAUCAGUGUCCCACAUACUUGGCCUGCUGGGAGUUUACCUGCUACAACAAACUAUCCUGGGACUUCUGUGAGGCCUGGUUGGCUCAGGACAGCCACAAAGCUCGCUUCAUGGAGACCAUCUUCCGCCACAGCAUCCAGGCAUCCAAAAGUAAACGCUUUGAGAAAGUGUUUUUUGCCGGCACGGGCCUCACUUCCUGCGACUCCUACGCCAUGGCGGCCGCCGUGGAUGACUCCUUCAUCAUAGAAAGCGACUGUUACCCCGUCAGUGUGGAGUUGACAGGAAGUCACACCAGAGGAAUGAUGGUGGUGGACACGCUGGGCUUUCUGAAGAAGAGCCACACGGCUUUUAUCAUGAAGAAGGUGGACAUGGAGAAGUUCAAGCAGAUGAUGAUGGCUGCUCUGAAAUAGCAGCUUUAGUUCAGGCUGAUGCAACUCAGCAGAAACAGCAGAUUUUGGAUCAUUACACCUGUUGUUUAGUUCAAAACUUUAGACUAACAGUUAUUUUAAAAAUCCAACUCACCCCAGUUUAGGGUACACGUCAUUUUGACAGAAAAUUUUCUAAAAUCAGCUCCAAAUCAUCUCAUUUGGAAUGAUCUGCUCUGAAAAUUAUUGACCCUAAAGAAUCAAAGAUAUCUGAUAUUUUAUAUUUGUUUACAUUAGUUUAUUCCACCUUUAUAAGUUUGAAAAUGUGAGCAAAUGCAGAUUUACCGAACUUAAUAUAAAUAAUAUUGUUGUAUUAAUGUGCUUGAAUAUAGAAGUGUAGCUAAAAAGCUUAUUUAAAUUAUUUCCAAUCAGUCAAUCGUUGCAAAUGUGAAUUUAAACCUUAGAAAAGAAAACAAACCCUGGACAUGAAUCACUAUUGUUAUAAAAUACUUGAUCUGUAUAAAGUUUCUAAAACUUUAUUAAUAAUUGCCAAACCAAACAUAAAAUGUGUAAAAAAAAUACAAAGAAACAAAUGAGAAUGACUGACAAUGUUAAAUAAAAAGAGCUAACACUUGAAUCACUUUAGGAACUUCAGUCUAGCUUAACAUUUUAUCAAAGACUAGAAGAAAACUGAAUUUGAGCAACUGCCGAAAAAACACUUCUGAACGGAGACGACGACUUUAAGAAUGAAUUCCAUGAUAUUCAUUCAUCGAUGCAAAAGAAUUAGCUGUCCUUAUUUAAAUGACCCCUUCACAUAAUCUGCAUGUUUAAAGUCCGAAAUCAAACUUAAUGUUAUGCAAACUGCAAAAUUUGUAGGUAAUGAAUUUUAUGUAAUUCAGUAACAACGGGUUAAAAAUGUGUGGAUUAAAUUUCAAUCUGUAUCUUUAUUUCCCUAAACAUUCAUGUCAAUAUUUUUGUAUCUUAAACUAAUGUGAGAAAAAACUAACAAAUCACCCAAAAUUUAUACAAUUAUUAUAUCAUUAAAUAUAAUGCAAAUUUUUUAUUGUAGAUUUCAUAAAAGGAUUUAAAAAAACAUUUUAAUUCCAAAAAUAUGUGAUUUUUUUUUCUGUCUUCUUAGAUGCAGUAGACGGUACGGGGUCAAACACGUACUUGGUUCAAAUCUAUAGCCGUUUCCUGAGAUUAAAUGUGUGAAAAACGAAUCACUAAAGUGAGGAAAAACCACAACAAUAAUGAUUGAAUUGAGGAAAUCUGGUAACUAAUAUUACGGAGCUCAAUCGGAGGCCCUGCUGAAAAUGAUUUUGGGUUUUACAUUUGUAAUCAUAUUUCCACAGUAAAUUCCUGUGGCGUUCAGGGAACAGGUCAUCCUAAGAAAGAUGACUUCCUUCUGGGUUUUUGUUAUAGCACUGAGAACUUCUGUUUGGUCAUUUUCUGUGACUGAUGAUGUCCUUCUGAAAGAUUGGACCUUUUUUCUGGAAGUAUUAAAGCUGAAAAGAUGAAGCACUUUAAA